UUCACUUCCGGGUACGAUACCAAACACCUCCUACUUUCAGUUUUAAUAUUUUGACAGAAAACGUAAAACAGCAGUGAAGACAUGUUUACGGAGAGUUACAUAACAAUAUGUUAGGAAAAUUUAAAGAUGCGGCAGCAAAUGUCAUGUCGAAAUAUUCGCAGAAAAAUGAUGGAAUUCAAGUGGAAAAGGUACAGAAACCUGAAAAAUAUACAUACGCUCGACCGUAUUUCCUAGGAUUGGACAAAGAUGAGGUGAAAUGUGCACAGGAUUUUGCAUGUAGGCCAGUUAUCAAGCCGAGAAAUAUAGACGGAAUGAUCUUGCAGUGUGGAUAUGCUGAGUGUAUAAAUGGUGGGAAAAGUGACAAUAAUGAGGAUAAUGCGUAUGCAUGUCUUCUUCAACUGAAGUCAAAAACGAAAAAUGGAAACUCACAACCAGCAAGCCCAACUGGAAAAAAUAAUGGGUCUAAACAGAAGGACAAUAAUGGUAUAUUUGAGAGGUCUAUGAUUGAAAUAGCAUCUCAUGGAAGGAUACAGAGCCCUGUGGCCAUGUACUGUGGUAUAUUUGAUGGUCAUGCAGGAUACCAGACUUCUCUUAUAGUCUCUAGACUUUUACAUCAACAUGUUCAGGAAAAGUUACUGCAAUGUCUAGAUCUGAUACUAGAGAAAUCCAGUGGUACACCACCAUGUCCAUUUGAUGUAUUCAGUAAUAUAAGCAUUGAUGAUCUCAUUGUUGGGGCACUGGAAGAGGCCUUUCAAGAAAUGGAUGAGCAUUUAGAAAGUGAAGGUUGUAGAUUCCAUGUAAAGGGAGGCUGUACUACCCUUGUUGUAUUGUUACUUGAAGGAAAGAUGUAUAUAGCUAAUGCAGGAGACAGUAGGGCAGUUCUAUGUCAAGGUGAUAAAGUAGAACAGGUGACCACAGAUUUCAAUCCAGUUACUGACAAACAAAGGAUAAAUUAUGUUGGGCAUAUACACCCAGAAUAUCUCCACAAUGAAUUUACAUGUUUAGAAUUUCCAAGACGCUUAAAUAAAGUUGAUGUCGGUGAACCAAUGUUGUGCCGCAAGCCUGGCAGGGAAGGAUGGAGUUAUAAAAAAGUAGAAGAAGAUGAUCUCAAAUUUCCCCUUGUAACAGGGGAAGGUAAAAAGGCUCGUGUAAUGGGCACUAUAGGUGUAACUCGCGGACUUGGUGACCAUGACCUGUACGUGUUUGACUCUUCAAUUUGGAUUAAGCCAUUUCUUUCAUGUAAACCAGAGGUGCGUGUAAUAGAUCUAGAAGAACAUCAGUGGACAGAGGAUGAUGUGAUAAUUCUUGGCACAGAUGGAUUAUGGGAUGUCACCACAAACCAAGAAGCUGCCGAUAUUGUACAUAAAGAAUUCUCAUCCUGUCACAAAACUGAUUUAACAAAAUAUACAAUAGCUGCUCAGGAACUUGUGUCAGAUGCAAGGGGACACUUUACGGGUCAAGGCUGGAAGAAAAAGAAUGGGGGAAUGGGUUCCUUUGAUGAUAUAACUGUGAUGAUUAUACCAAUCAAAAAUUACCUCGAUCGGUGGAAGAGUGGACAUUUAUUAGACAGUGGUGUGACAUAAUUCCUUCAAAUCUGUUAAAAUAACUUUAUGAAAAUAGUCUGAAAAUGUUAUAUCAUAAUAAACAUCUGCUGCUCAUACAGAUGUUUUAAAAAAAACAAAAACAGUGAGAUUAUAGGAAACUUCCUGUAUUAUAAAACCCUGAAACUUAUGUUCAUGAUAUACUCCAAGAAAACUAGUGUUUUAAAACCUAGAAACUUUUACCAAAUUCAGACUAAUUAUAAAACCCUGAUUGUCUGACAGGUUUUAUGACUUAAUCCAGUUUUAAAAACAUCUUGUCUGAAAAAAUUCGUCUUGUUUGAAAACAUUUUAAUUUGAAAUCCACUUUACUUGUGAUUUUUAAGCAGUGUGCAACAUUAAUGGUAACCCGAUCGCCAAUGGCUAUGAAAAAUCGGCUCGGGCAACAGAAAAUCAGCAGACCUAACCCGUCGGGCUAUGAAAAAUUCUGAGGAAUAAAUUUACCAAAAACGAUCAUUGCAAAUGAGCGCAUUUUGCUAAGUUCCCUCGUCAGCAGAUCAUGUUUACAUUUGCACCGUUUCCGUGCAUUUUACACAUUUGUAAAAUCUACCUCAGCUGCAAGGGAGUUAACUGGGGUACCUGAGAGAUGACAACAACUUGCGCGCUGAGAAUGAAUCGAUUGAAAUAUUUUGCUGGGGCACAGCCAGGAAAGGCAUUCAAAAGGCCAACAGCAUUGACACUAACGGCAAAAUAAAGAGAAAAAUAUGAGAAAGAGGUCUGUUCUUUGCGGAAUAGUUCUUCUUUCUGUCACCAUGGCCCUGUUUAUUGAAAACUAGUACUCAAAUGAAAUUCAAAUUUUGAUAAAUUUGUACAGUUUGAAUCCAUUAUAUUUCCGGUCUACUGUAUAAAAAAAUCAAAUCUAUUUUAUAUAUUUUCCAACCUAUUUCUAGUCUACAAAGCUGUUUUGCUCUCGUUCUGUGUCUUUUACUUUCUGCACAAUUUUGUGAACACUGUUUCAGAUUUUGAAAUCAGUUCUGAAAAACUCGUACAAUAUUCCAAAUAAUCUGAAAUAUAUCAAUAUUUACCAACCUACAGCACUAUAUUAAAAUAAAUUAAAUAAAACAUAUUGGAAUGAAAGUCUUGAUCAUUCUUGUGCAAAAAUUGAUGGGUCUACGAAAAAUUCUGUCAGGUUACAAAAAAUUGGAAGUCCGUAGCCUAAAAAGUUAAUGUCGCACACUGUUUUUAAGAACACAAACCUUCUAAAUGUAUAAAAACAUUGAAAUAAUUUAUUUGGAAACAUAGUUGUAUUCAUUUAGUGUAUGAAGAUAUGAGUCACGCCUUGAGAAAGCCAACAUAGUACAUUUGCAACCAGCAUGGAUCCAGUCCAGCCUGCAUAUCUGUGCUGUCUGGUCAGGAUCCAUGCUGUUUGCUUUCAAAGCCUAUUGCAAUUAGAGAAACGGUUAGUGAACAGCUUUGAUCCUAACCAGACUGCACGGAUGCGCAGGCUGGUCUGGAUCCAUGCUGGUUGCAAACGCACUAUUUUGGUUUUCUCAUUGCGUGGCUCAUUUGAUGUUUAGAUGUGAUAUCAAUUACUAGUGUGAUUAUAUGAAUUGUAUAUAGGGAAAAAGUCCAUUUUGUGUGAAACUGAAAUGAGUAUUAUCAAAUGUUUGAAGUUGUGGUUGUAAAAUAAGUCAGUGCCAUAGGUUUGAUGUUACCCUUUGUCUAGUAUUAUAACAUCUUGACCUUGAUCUUGUUUAAAGUAUAGAUGUUUUUCAGAUGGACUUGUCUGUUUUAAGUGAGAAAAGGAGAAAUUGCAGUUUUUCAGUAGGAAAACUAAUAUGUGAUGAAAAGAAUCCUACAUUUUGAAUGUGUUGAACUUAAUGAAUGAAUGAAUGAAAAUGAUAAAAACAGUACACUUCAAAUUCCAAUGGACCAAGCCUUUUAUUCCGGGUUAACUGAAAUCCGACAAAUUGAUAUUUUAUGCACGCGUUUUCGGAACGGGACUUGAAAAUGCCUUCUAGCCGAAGUUUUGAGAUAAGAAAGUUGUAUACAUACCUUGUGAUAAAUGUAAUCAAAAUUACCUUUCGGCAAAAGUUAUCCAGUAUUUAAUGGUCAAAUCAGAAAAAUUUAGUUUACGAAAAAUACACUUCUACUACUUAAUGAAUUUUUUAGGACAAUUAAUAUCAAAUGAUCAACUAGAGAUGCUUUUGAGAAAAGCGCAUGUCUUCCAUAACUGCCUAAUCAUCUAAGUAGUAAGUCAGUCUUUAUAUACUGUUUACUUAAUCCACAUGUGCAUGCGCUUUCAUGACACCAAAAGGACGCCUAUACUACUAGUAGUAUAGGCGCCAGUUUAGGGGCAAAACUGUGCCAGAAAUCUGAGUGUUUUUGGUAAUUCAAGGGCCAUAAUUCCGAAGUGCCUAGGCCGAUUUGGCAAGUUAUUGAACUUGGCCGAGCACUUAUUGGCAGACACAUUUUGUUGAAGUUUGUUGAAGAUCGGAUGAGAAAUGUUCGACUUAGAGUGCAGACACAGACUGGAGUAAAUCAAUAUGUCUCCCACAUCACUGUGUGGUGGGAGACAUAAUAAAAUUUGCAUGCACAAAACUUUGACUGUACACUUGAUCUUUUUCCAUCUAAUAAGAGUAAUAGCAUUUCUAAUUAGUAUUUUGUUUCUAAACUUACUUGCUUGAUUAUUAAGGCUCCCAGUAUCAUGCAAAACAGUUUACUGUUUUUGCCUUUGCCAUCUGCCUGCAUUCAGCUUGUUCAAGCUUCUCUGUGUGUGUGUCUGUUCGGGUUAAACGUCUUUUUCAGUCAUAUAAACGAUGGUGUCUACUUGUAGCAGUGAGCACAAUGCCCAACUUUAUAGUGCUGCCUCUAUGGAAUAUCACGCUGUAGACACGUGGCAUGAUACCCCACCCAGUCACAUUAUAGAGACACCGGACUGAAUGAAAAUUGGCCAGAUUUCAGUGAAACUUCAUAGGAGUCUUUGGUAUGAAGCCUAGAUUUGCAUAUCGUUAGCACGUAUCCCUUAGAAUGUGUUUUGCAUAAUUACUGCCCCUGACAGGUAUUUUUAUACGCCCGUUUGAAAAACGGGACGUAUUAAGGGAACGCCCCUGGCGGGCGGGUGGGCGGCGUCCACAGACCUUGUCCGGAGCAUAUCUUCUACAUGCAUGAAGGGAUUUUGAUGAAACUUGGCACAGUUGUUCACCAUCAUGAGACGGAGUGUCAUGCGCAAGAACCAGGUCCCUAGGUCUAAGGUCAAGGUCACACUUAGAGGUCAAAGGUCAAAUUCAAGAAUGACUUUGUCCGGAGCAUAUCUUCUUCAUGCAUAGAGGGAUUUUGAUGAAAGUUGGCACAAUUGUUCAUCAUCAUGAGAAGGAGUGUCAUGCGCAAGAACCAGGUCCCUAGGUCUAAGGUGAAGGUCACACUUAGAGGUCAAAGGAUACAAGAAUGAAAACUUUGUCCGGAGCAUUUCUUCUUCAUGCAUAGAGGGAUUUUGAUAUAACUUGGCACAAAUGUUCACCACCAUGAGGCGGAGUGUCAUGCGCAAGAACCAGGUCUCUAGGUCUAAGGUCAAGGUCACACUUAGAGGUCAAAGGAUACAAGAAUGAAAACCUUGUCCGGAGCAUUUCUUCUUCAUGCAUAGAGGGAUUUUGAUAUAACUUGGCACAAAUGUUCACCACCACGAGACGUAGUGUCAUGCGCAAGAACCAGGUCCCUAGGUCUAAGGUCAAGGUCACCUAGAGGCCAAAGGUCAGAUACAAGAAUGACUUUGUCCGAAGCAUUUCUUCUUCAUGCAUGGAGGGAUUUUGAUGUAACUUGACACAAUUAUACAUCAUCAUGAGACGAAGUGUCAUGUGCAGUUCCCUUCUUUAGAAUUACUUCCCUUUGUUGUUACUAUAAAUAGCUUAUAUUGUAAGUUUUUCAUUACUAGUCGUAGGGAAAAAUCGAGACCACUUUUCUGUAGUACAACAUGCAUGCUACAUCCAAUUUUGAGGUGUAUUUUGACCAGUCUCUACCUGGUAAAGAUUUUUGUGAGGACUUACAUUUUUUUUUUUUUGAUUUUUUUUUUUUUUUUUUUUUUUUUUUUUUUUAAGAUUAACUUCCCUUAGUUGUUACUAUAAAUAACUUAUAUUGUAACUUUUUUAUAAUUGAGCGUAGGGAAAAACCAAGACCACUUUUCUGUGGUACAACAUAGAUGUUACUUUCCAAUUUUAGGUGUAUUUUAAGGUAUCUCUACCUGGUAAGGAGUUUUUUUGUGGACUAAGAAAAACAAAACACUUAGUUAUUACAAAAAUUACCACAAAAUUAAAAUUCCAUUUGCAAAUACAGGUGCUAGAGUAAAGAAAUUUGCUGUGACGGGCGUAUAUUGUGACAUUCUUGCACUCUUGUUUUUAAAUAAAAUGUGUCCAAACUACUCUUACUGUUGGUGCACUAUUGGUCAUAAUUCAGUGAAACUUUGCAGGAAUGAUCAAUAGCAAACGUUAUUCUGCAUUUAAAAGAAGUUUUAUGGUUAAAAGAUUUUACACUUGAGUUAUUGCCUUUUGAUUCUUCUACCUAAAAGCAUAUAUAGAGAUUCUUGUCCACACUUAAACUCCAACACUUCUUGCCAGAAUUCAAUGAAACAUCACAAAAGUUUGGUAUAAAAUCUAGUUAUGCAGACCUUUGGCAUGGUCUACUAUGAUUAUUUUUUGCAGAGUUAUGGCCCUUUGAAGGUCAUUUUUUAUUUUAGUAAAUUUCUCACAACUACUUCACCUGUACUAUUUGUAGGAUUUCAAUAAUGUCUUUAACCUUAUACAUAACGUAAACUAUAGCAUCCUUGAUAGUUUUCAGUGCCUGUUUUUCUAUAAUAAGAAAACAUUUAAUUCAACGUUCCAUUUCCAAGAAUAAAACUUUGUUUGCUUUGGGUUCAGCGCCGUUUUUCAACAGUGUAUCAGUUGUGUAACAGCAGGAAGUUAUAGGAAGUCUAUACCAAUACUAACCUGUUUUCCGCAAGUAUUAAACUGCCAACUUACCAACAUGAAUCAGAGGUGGAGGACGAAUAAUUUCAGACACAAUGUCUUUUAUCAAAUCAUCAGGGAGAACAUAUGCCCACCCAGGGAUCGAACUCGCAACAUCACGAUCCAUAGAUCAGCUCUCUCCCUAUUGAGCUAAGCAGGCGGGUCAGAAUAAAAACUGCCUUACCAAGGUUACAUAUAUGGGAAAACAUACUGCCUUAAUAAAGUUAAAUACAUGGGAAAACAUAUUGCCUUACUAAAGUUAAAUACGUGGGAAAACAUACUGCCUUAAUAAAGUUACAUACAUGGGAAAACAUAUUGCCUUACUAAAGUUACAUACAUGGGAAAACAUACUGUCUUAAUAAAAUUAAAUACAUGGGAAAAAUACAUAGAUUUUUUGUUCAAAAAAUCUCAAUCUAGUCUAUUUUGAAAUUUAUUUCAGUUGUAUAUUUAUUAUUCAUUGAUUUUAUUGUGCUCUUCUGUAACUACCGGUAUAUAUUCAUCAGGUAUCUUGAAAUUCAGCAAAUAUUUGCAUAACCUUUGCCCAUAGGUUAAUCACUAGACCUCUUGACAUUCCUUGUUCCUUUAUUAUGGAAGUAUUAUUUAUUUUUAGCUCACCUGAGCAAUGCUCAGGUGAGUUUUUCUGAUCGCUCGAUGUCCGGCGUCCGGCGUGUCUGUCGUCCGUCAACAUUUAGCUUGUGUAUGCGAUAAAGGCUGUAUUUUUCAACUGAUCUUCAGGAAUUUUGGUCAGAAUGAAAACCUUGAUGAAAUCGAGGCCGAGUUCGAAAAUGGGUCAUCUGGGGUCAAAAACUAGGUCACUAGAUCAAAUCAAAGAAAAACCUUGUGUAUGCGAUAGAGGCUGUAUUUUUCAAUUGAUCUUCAUGAAAUUUUGUCAGAAUGAUAACCUUGAUGAAAUCUAGGCCUGGUUCGAAAAUGGGUCACCCGGGGUCAAAAACUAGGUCACUAGGUCAAAUCAAAGAAAAACCUUGUGUAUGCGAUAGAGGCUGUAUUUUUCAAUUGAUCUUCAUGAAAUUUUGUCAGAAUGAUUACCUUGAUGAAAUCUAGGCCGAAUUCGAAAAUGGGUCAUCAGGUGUCAAAAACUAGGUCACUAGGUCAAAUCAAGGAAAAACCUUGUGUAUGCGAUAGAGGCUGUAUUUUUCAUUUUAUCUUCAUGAAUUUUGGUCAGAAUAAUUACCUUGAUGAAAUCUAGGCCGAGUUCGAAAAUGGGUCAUCUGGGGUCAAAAACUAGGUCACUAGGUCAAAUCAAGGAAAAACCUUGUGUAUGCGAUAGAGGCUGUAUUUUUCAAUUGAUCUUCAUGAAAUUUUGUCAGAGUGAUUACCUUGAUGAAAUCUAGGCCAAGUUCGAAAAUGGGUCACCCGGGGUCAAAAACUAGGUCACUAGGUCAAAUCAAGGAAAAACCUUGUGUAUGCGAUAGAGGCUGUAUUUUUCAACUGAUCUUCAUGAAUUUUGGUCAGAAUGAUUACCUUGAUGAAAUCUAGGCCAAGUUUGAAAAUGGGUUAUCUGGGGUUAAAAAGUAGGUCACUAGGUCAAAUCAAAGAAAACCCUUGUGUAUGCGAUAGAGGCUGUAUUUUUCAACUGAUCUUCAUGAAAUUUUGUCAGAAUGAUAACCUUGAUGAAAUCUAGACCAAUUUUGAAAAUGGGUCAUCAGGGGUCGAAAACUAGGUCACUAGGUCAAAUCAAAGAAAAAAGUUUUGUAUGCGAUAGAGGCUGUAUUUUUUAAUCGAGGUUGAUGAAAUUUAGUCAGAAUGAUUGCCUUGAUCAAAUCUAGGUCAAAUUCGAAUAUAGGUCAUCUUAGCUCAAAAACUAGGUCACUAGGUCAAAUUCAAGAAAAUACUUGUUUACACUUAAGAUACCACAUUUUUGAUCCAAUCUUAAUGAAAAUUGGUCAGAAUAUUUGUUUCCAUGAAAUCACUAUGUCAAACAUGUUUACACUGUUAUGGUGUGUUUAUCAGGUGAGCGACCUAGGGCCAUCUUGGCCCUCUUGUUAUUUAUAUGUACAUGAGUAAAAAUGACCGAUGUAACUAUUUACUUUAUUCAGAUGUGUGAUUGAAGGUUCAUUCUAAUUCUAUUUCAACAGUUUUUGAACAUGUUGUUGGAUUUUCUUUUCUUUAUUGAUACUUAUCAUUACAAAAAAAAAAUACACGACAGUUUUGUCAAAAAGUUAAGACCACUUUAGCAAUAUGCGGACAUCGUUCUGAAACUGAACCGAAAAAAAAUUUAGAAUGCAUUGUGAUCAGCGGGUCAUUUCACAUACUGUAAAAUCAUUUAAAUUCGCUGGCAUGAAAUUUUGCGCAAUGUGAAAAAGGACUGUUUCGCACGGGCUUUAAUUCGCGCAUUUUCUAUUUUAGAAAUGAAAAAUAAAGUUAACAAGAGCUGUCCGUAAGACAGCCAAGCUCGACUAUUCGAAAUAUUGUCACAGAAGCAGGAAAUUAUUACCCAAAAUGUUAAAUAUCAAAAGAGUUUUAAGUUCGAAACGGGACAUAAUUUGACCAAAAUGCACAUCAGAGUUAUGGGACUUGAUGCUAUCAACUAGUUUAAUAACCCCGAAGAAACAUGUUAAGUUUCAAUUCCAUAUCUGCAUUAGUUUUGGAGAUAGUAACUUGCAUGUAAAACUUUAACCAGAAUUUUCUAAGUCCAAAAGGGGACAUAAUUUGCUCAAAAUACAUGUUAAGAGUUAUGGAACUUGACCCAGUGAGGUUGGUAACUGACCUAGAAAAAAAUAAAUAAGUUUCAAAGCUAUAUGCUUUUUGGUAAUAGCUGUAUGUACUUGCAUGCAAAACUUUAACCAGGAUUUUCUAAGUCCAAAAGGGGGCAUAAUUUGCUCAAAAUACAUGUCAGAGUUAUGGGACUUGAUUCUAUCAACUAGUUUUAUAACCCCGAAGACACAUGUGAAGUUUCAAUUUAAUAUCUGCAUUAGUUUUGGAGAUAGUAACUUGCAUGUAAAACUUUAACCAGGAUUUUCUAAGUCCAAAAGGGGGCAUAAUUUGCUCAAAAUACAUGUCAGAGUUAUGGGACUUGAUCCAGUGAGGUAGGUAAUUGAUCUAGAAAAAGAAAAAAUAAGUUUCAAAUCAAUAUGCCUUUUAGUAAUAGCUGUAUGUACUUGCACGCAAAACUUUAACCAGAAUUUUCUAAGUCCGAAAGGGGGCAUAAUUUGGCCAAAAUACAUGUCAGAGUUAUGGGACUUGACCCAGUGAGGUAGAUAAUUGAUCUAGAAAAAGAAAAAAUAAGUUUCAAAUCUAUAUGCCUUUUAGUAAUAGCUGUAUGUACUUGCAUGCAAAACUUUAACCAAAAUUUUCUAAGUACAAAAGGGGGCAUAAUUUGGCCAAAAUGAAGGUCAGAGUUAUGGGACUUGGUGCUACCACUAGUUUUAUAACCCCGAAGACACAUGUGAAGUUUCAAUUCAAUAUCUGCAUUAGUUUUGGAGAUAGUAACUUGCAUGUAAAACUUUAACCAGAAUUUUCUAAGUCCAAAAGGGGGCAUAAUUUGCUCAAAAUACAUGUUAGAGUUAUGGAACUUGACCCAGUAAGGUUGGUAAUUGACCUAGAAAAAGAAUAAAUAAGUUUCAAAGCUAUAUGCCUUUAAAUGAUAGCUGUAUGUACUUGCAUGCAAAAACUUAACCAAGUUGUGACGCCGACGCCAACGCCAGGGUAAGUAGAAUAGCUAGACUAUUCUUCGAAUAGUCGAGCUAAAAAUAAUAAUAGUGCGUUCUUUAAUUCGCGCUUCGGUCCUAGCGCAAAAUACACGAAAAUUUGUCCUACGCGAAUAAAAAUGAUUUCACAGUAAACUAAAACAUUCACAAUGGAAUCCUAGUCGGGUCAACAAACUUGUUCUGAAAAGUCCAAAAUGGUCAUGUUUUGCACAAGUUGGUUAUUUACACACUUUCAUCCAAUUUCAAAUUGAAAUUCAGCUUGUAUAUGGAAACCCUAGCUGAUUCCCAAACUAAAAUAAACAGCAUGAGUUCAGACUCGGUUUUUGUUCUGUUUAUAUAUGAAAUGGCAUUCAAGAAAAUCAUCAGUGGACAGAUACCUCUGUAACCAUGUUUAAAACUUUUAAUUGAUUUCCAGUUAUUGUACAUUUAGAUUUUUUAUCAAUUUCAAGUUUUUCUAAAUUCCAUUAUGUUUACUGUGUUCUUGCUAGAUUAAUUGGAAAAUUAGGACAUCUACUAGUUAUAGAUUAUUCAAAGAAAGUGACUUCAGACUGCCUUGUUAUGUGGGCACUGCUUUUUUAUGGUCAUAAAAGGCUAGAAAUAGAUUUACACAGCUUACAGUAAUGAUUAUUUAUACCUCAUUUUGCUCACCUAAUUUAAACAACAAUUUUACGAUAUGCCAUCGUGUAUUUAUUUCGUAGAGGUAAUAUUUACUUUGAUGUUAAUUAUAUGAUAAAUACUAAUAUUUUUGUUUGCAUACUAUGUUAAUGUUAAUUUGUCAUGAAUAAUAUUGUUGAAUUGGACCAAUAAUAUACUGUGUCAUUUUGUU